CGGCCCGCCAUGUCCAACCUUGAGGGAGUUUUCGCCGUUCAUAAGCCCGGUGGGAUCUCCUCCGCCGACGUCCUUCGAGAUCUUCAGCGCCACUUCAACCCGUCCAAAUUCUUCCAACCUUGGCUCACGGCCGAGCGCGAGCGUCGUAAGCAGGAGCCGAGAAACCAGCAGCGAAGACGCCGAGAUAAGCGCAUCCAAGUGAAAAUAGGACAUGGAGGCACGCUCGACCCAAUUGCCACCGGCGUGCUAAUCACUGGUGUGGGGAAAGGGACGAAACAAUUGAACAACUUCCUCGCGUGCACGAAGACGUACGAGGCCGUGGUCCUGUUCGGUGUUGCAACCGAUUCGUAUGAUCGCGUAGGGAAAGUGGUUAGCCGGGCGCCAUACGAGCAUAUUACGAGGGAGAAUGUGGAGGAGGCACUGAAGGGCUUUAGAGGCAAGAUUAUGCAGCGGCCUUCGAUAUUCUCGGCGCUCAAAGUUCAAGGAAAGAAGCUCUACGAGUAUGCUAGAGAGGGAAAAGAGCCGCCUGUGGAGAUUGCAGAGAGGCCGGUCGAAGUAACGAAUUUGGAGAUCGUGGAAUGGUAUGAGCCCGGGACGCAUGGAUGGAAAUGGCCCACGGAAGAAGCCGGACCUACAGAGAAAAACGUCGCGGAGAAAAUGAUUUCAAAAGAGAAGGAUUUUAUUGAAAAGGAACAGAAGCAUGUGCAGGAAGACAAGUCUCUUAAAAGGAAGCCAUCGCCAUCGGCUGAUGGAACUAUAACAGAGGAAGCAGAACCUUCGUCGAAGCGUCAGAAGGUAAAUCCUUCCAACACCCAAACCGAAACAGCACCAGAACCCACAACAGCAGACUCGCUACCGGUCGCUGCGUCUGAGCCUCAGGAAUCUCAAUCUGCAUCAGACUGCGUACAACCAAUCCCCCCACCACCGGCUGUAAAACUCACCAUGACAGUUUCCUCUGGCUUCUAUGUCCGCUCCCUUGCGCACGACCUUGGUCUAGCGCUGAACAGCAAUGCAAUAAUGAGUUCCCUGGUCCGCACUCGUCAGGGAGAUUUCGAACUCUCAGCAGAUAAGAUUUUAGAGUAUAAGGAUCUUGAGGCUGGUGAAGAGGUAUGGGGACCAAAAGUGCAGAGGUUCCUAGAUGAGUGGCAGGAGAAGAUGAAAAGCAAAACCGAAGAAAAUGGAAGUGGGAAUGAGAGCCAAUGAGUGAUGAGGCGCACAUAUGUAUGAUGAACAAUGUCGAAUAUACAUAGGCCAUUUCCUAGAC